CUAUUAAUUUUGUUGCAAAGUUCGUGACGUAUCACGAGUCCUUCAUUUUUCGUUCCAAAAUGUCUACACAUAGGAAGAAGACGAGGAAGCUAAGAGGACACGUCAGUCAUGGACAUGGACGUAUCGGUAAACAUCGUAAGCAUCCUGGUGGUCGUGGUAAUGCUGGUGGUAUGCACCACCAUAGGAUCAACUUUGACAAAUACCAUCCUGGUUACUUUGGAAAACUUGGCAUGAGAAAUUACCAUUUAAGAAAGAAUUCUAAAUGGUGCCCCUCAAUCAAUUUGGACAAACUUUGGACGCUUGUUAGUGAUCAAACCAGGUUGAAAUACAAAGACAAUGCUGAAGGAAAAGCCCCAGUUAUUGAUAUUGUCAAAGCUGGUUAUUAUAAAUUAUUAGGCAAAGGAAGAAUUCCAAAUCAGCCUGUCAUUGUUAAGGCCAAAUUCUUCUCAAAGUCAGCAGAAGAUAAAAUUAAAGCUGUUGGUGGAGCUUGUAUAUUAACAGCUUAAGUUGUAAUAAAGUUAUUAUAAAAAGAA